AAGCAAAUAUUUCUUCUUUUUUUGUUUUGUUUUUUUUUUUUUUUUGAGAAAAUUUUGUAAUAAAAACUGAAAAAAUGACUUACUUGCAAGAUAAUAUAAUUUGAAUACAUUCCAAUUGUUUGAUCAAAUUCCGAGCCAAGCGUAAGUAAAUCCACGCAUAUACAUCUUCAAUUUGAUCGAAUACUGCGUGAGCAAAGGAAGAAAAAAAAAAAGUAUAAGGAAUAGAAAACUUUCUGCAGCGAAACUAUUGGGCAAUUUUUGGUAAAAACGGCUCUCACGACUAAUAUGAAUCGUUCUCAGACUUUUGUAAACUCUUUGAAAUGGUGGCCUACACAGAGUCACAACAAUAACCAAAGCAAUACGAAUGGUAGCGCAAGCGCUGGCGAUGGCGGUGGCGGUGGUGGCGGUGGUGGUGGUGGGGGACACGGUUUUAAAGGUUUUAUAACUUUUCAUAAAACGCAAACAACAUUCGGUAGUUCGGUGGCUGUGCAAAAAUUACGAGAAUCCAAAUGGUUUAAACGCGAUGAACAGCGCAUUUUUUGUGCUGUGGUUGAGUGCGGCUUUAUUGUUGAAGUGCGCAAUAUUGCUGCCAUUGCCAAAAGAUUAGCUCAACAACAGCAGCGAAGACAACGUCUUCAAAGCUUAACUAAUAAAAGAUAUCAUCAACAGAAAAAUAAUAGUUGCAGUAGCAACAGCUCAAGCAGCAACUGUGGAGAAGACGAACCAGAUAAUUUCUUAAAAGACGGAGCACAUUUACUUGUCGAUAACAAUAGCGAUCUAGAUGAUGAGGAUGAAUUGGAGUCACAAAAUGAGAAUGAAACACCAAUUACAUCAUGGUUUGGUAUCGUCCUUUGCAAAACUGCCAAAGAUAAUAAACCAAAACCGGAAACAAUUGAAGUAUUUUCUGUGAAAAUUCGAGAAAACGGUACUUUUAGAAUGCUGAAAAUGUCGUUGGAUGACAUCUGGAAUAAUGGCUGGGAAUUGCGUAUAAAUAAUUUUGCUGAUAAAGAGAAACCGCCACACAAUGAAAAAGAUAUAAGAAAUCAGAUAUCUUUUGCACGUAAAGCUAAGCACAGUUUAUGGAAUAAUAAUAAACAUUUCGUUUAUUGGUGUCGUUAUGGUAGUCGCCAACAAGAUGUUAGAAAACGUCAGGUAAACAGAUGUCGGAGUGUGUUAAGUGGGGCAGUGUUGGUAUGAAUGCCGGUAUUAUUUUGCUAAUGAACAAGCAAAAAUCCUAUUCCACUUCCAAGUAAUUGUAAUCUAUUUGUGUGCUUUAACACAAAUGACUUUCUAUACAUAUAUAUAUAAAAUAAUUUAAAAAAAUUAAAAUCGUAUUAAAUAUAUAUAGCUUUUCUCUUUUCACUUUUUUUUUUUUUUAACAUAAAGUCCACCUCAAGAUAAGAUAAUAUUUCUACGUAACUCUGCAUAUUGAUUGUUAUGCAAAAUGUAUAAAGUUUAGUUAAUCAAAUCAAUUAGAAAAA